GCCAGGCCCAGACCCGCAGCCGCAGCCGCACCCGCGCCGCAGCAGGGACCUGCCCCGGGCUGGGGCGACCGCAUCCCCUUGGAAAUCCUACUGCAGAUUUUCGGGCUGCUGGUGGCGGCCGAUGGGCCCAUGCCCUUCCUCGGCAGGGCUGCACGCGUGUGCCGUCGGUGGCACGAGGCCGCCUCCCAGCCUGCUCUCUGGCACACCGUGACCCUGUCGCCCCCACUGGCUGGCGGCCGCUCCACCAAAGGCGGGGCCAAGGCGGAGAAGAAGCUCCUUGCUUCCCUGGAGUGGCUGAUGCCCAGCCGGUUCUCACAGCUCCAGAAGCUGAUCCUCAUCCACUGGAAGUCCCAGUUACACCCCGUGUUGAAGCUGGUGAGCGAGUCCUGUCCUCGGCUCACCUUCCUCAAGCUUUCCGAUUGCCAUGGCGUGACCCCUGACACUCUGACCAUGCUAGCCAGAGCCUGCCCCCAGCUCCACAGCCUGGACGUACAGCACUCCAUGGUGGAGUCGACGGCCGUGGUCAGCUUCCUGGAGGAGGUGGGGCCCCGAAUGCGCAAGCUGUGGCUGACCUACAGCCCCCAGACAGCGGCCAUCCUGGGCGCACUGCUGGGCAGCUGCUGCCCCCAGCUGCAGGUCCUCGAAGUGAGCACAGGCAUCAGCCGCUACAGCACUCCCCUCCAGCUGCCUGUGGAGGCCUUGCAGAAAGGCUGCCCCCAGCUGCAGGUGCUGCGGCUGCUGCCCAAACCUUCUGGGCGAGUGGUGACCCCCGGUCCAGGCUUCCCCAGCCUCCAGGAGCUCUGCCUCGCCGGCUCCACCUGCAGCUUCGUGAGCGAUGAGGCCCUCAGCCGCCUGCUCCGAGGCUCCCCUAACCUGCGCCUGCUGGAUCUUCGUGGCUGUGCCCGAAUCACACCUGCGGGCCUACAUGAUCUGCCAUGUCAGGAGCUGCGGCAGCUUCACCUGGGCCUGUAUGGCACAUCGGACCGCCUGACUCUAGCUAAGGAGGGCAGCCCGCUGUUGACCUGGAAAUGGUGCCACACUCUGCGAGAGCUGGACUUAAGUGGCCAGGGCUUCAGCGAGAAAGAUUUGGAGCAGGCCCUUGCUGCCUUCUCAGGGACGCCUGGCGGCUCACACCCAGCCCUGUGCUCCCUCAACCUCAGGGGCACCCGGGUCACAGCAAGCACGGUGAGCUCUGUGAUCAGCAGCUGCCCAGGCUUGCUGUACCUCAACCUGGAAUCCUGCCGCUGCCUUCCCCGGGGCCUAAAGCGGGCCUACCGGGGCCCGGAGGAGGUCCAGUGGUGCCUGGAGCAGCUGCUCACCUGCCCCGCCUCCCCCAGCUAGGCAGCCCCACCCUGCCCCCUCUCCCAGUUUUGGAUGUCGGUGCUUUUUGUUACAAUAAAACUUUCCUAAGAA